AUGCCCUCCCUCUACCGAAUCGGAGUCGAUGUUGGAGGAACAAACACUGACGCCGCAAUCCUCGACAUACGAGCCACCAACAACCCCGGUCGUGGCGUCCUGGCCUCCCAUAAAGCGAGCACCACAAAAGACAUCACCAGUGGCAUCGAAGCAGCCAUAAGAGCAGUCAUUCGUGAUUCUGCUGUCGACCAGAGCUGUGUUCUCAGCGUUACGAUAGGAACAACACAUUUCAUCAACGCCCUUGUAGAAGCAGAUGCCAGAAGACUCGACCGUGUUGCUGUGCUGAGGCUGUGCGGUCCGUUUACAAGACAAUUGCCACCCUUUGCCGAUUUCCCCCUCGGCCUAAGAACAAUUCUUGACGGAGGUGUAUACUAUCUCGAUGGAGGUCUUGAGAUUGACGGGAGGGAAAUAUUACCACUGGACGAGGAACAGAUUAGACGGACGGCUAGGGAUGUUGUCGCCAAGGGUAUCAGCGUCAUCGCUCUAGUAGGCGUCUUUUCACCACUCGACCACGACGGCCUACACGAAGAACGAUGCCGACGAAUUAUUUAUGAGGAAUGUCCGGGACUACAAGUUGUCUGCUCUCAAGACAUCGGACCAACAGGAUUUCUAGAGCGUGAAAAUGCGACAAUUCUCAACGCCUCCAUACUACGCACUGGACACAGAGUCAAGAAGGGGUUCAAGCAUGCCAUGCACCGACUACAACUCACAUGUCCUCUCUUCCUAUCGCAAAACGACGGAACAUUGAUCGACGCCGACACAGCAGCCGAAUUCCCCAUCAAGACUUUUGCAAGUGGACCAACAAAUAGUAUGACCGGAGCCGCAUUUCUCGCCGGGUUGGAUAAGAGGGCUGAGACACAAUCGGAAGAGGAGGAACCGCAAGUUUUGGUUGUUGACAUUGGAGGUACAACCACUGAUGUCUGCGCUCUGCUCCCCUCUGGUUUCCCUCGCCAAGCCCCCGGUUUCGUCGAGGUGGGAGGCGUUCGCACCGCAUUCUCAAUGCCAGAGGUUGUCUCAAUCGGUCUAGGAGGUGGAAGCAAAGUGAACGUUAAUGAUGAGACGGGGGCUGUCACCAUCGGUCCUGGAUCAGUUGGUCAUUGUAUACAACAGGAAGCAAGAGUCUUUGGAGGUAAGACUUUGACAGCGACCGACAUUGUCGUCGCGCUGGGUAAAGUCAACCUUGGAGAUGCAUCUCUGGUCAACGAUGUCCCUCCUUCUGUUGUGGAGAACGGCCGCAAAGAACUCAACAGAAUGCUGGAGAGUCUCGUUGAACAAAUGAAGGUCUCUUCAGCGCCCGUCCAUGUCCUUCUCGUCGGUGGAGGCGCCCUGCUCGUCACAGAGGCUCUCGCCGGCGUGGACAAGUGCAUCGUGCCCAUCCACCAAGGCGCAGCCAACGCAGUCGGCGCAGCAAUCGCAAAGGUUUCUGGUGAGAUUGACAUUGUGGAAAUCCCCGAAGGACGAUCCGAAAAGGUCAUUGUCGACGCAGCGUGCGCCAAAGCAAUUGAUCUCGCCAUCGCCAAGGGCGCUGCGAAGAACGAUGUCAAGAUCGUCGAGAUCAACAAGAUGCCGCUGCAAUACUUGUCCAACGGUGCUAUCAGGAUACAAGUACGCGCUGUUGGCCAAUUGGCUAUUCCUGAAGAGCUCACGCCGCCACCUUCACCACCUGUGUUAAGCAUGCGCGAGACUCAAGAGGACGAGGGUGAGAAAGUUAGCGUCCCUGGUGCUUUGAUACCGACAUACAAGCCAUCUCUACAUGUGGACCUCGACGCAUACAGGCCUGAUGUUCAAGACGGUGUGUGGUAUCUCUCAGAAGUCGAUCUAGAAAUGAUCGCCACCGGAUGUGGUGUUCUCGGAACGGGCGGCGGCGGACCAACACACCACGAAUACCUCAAGAGUCUGGAUGCGCUACGGAAGAACCCGGAAAAGAAGAUGAGAGUCAUUUCGCCCAAAGCUCUUGACGACGAUGCCAUGGUUUGCUUUGGUUCGUGGUAUGGUAGUCCGAGUGUGAUCAAUGAGCGGAUUGCGGGUGGUAAUGAGAUCGUCACGGGGAUUAAUGCUGUGAACAAGGUCGUUGGAAACAAGACUUUUGACGGCAUGUAUAUUGAUGAGAUUGGUGGUGGAAAUGGUAUGAGUGCUUUUCCUUCGGCUGUUCAUUUCGACGUUCCUGUCGUCGAUGGCGAUGCCAUGGGUCGAGCAUACCCAACCAUGUAUCACGCUACAUUUAGUGUUUACGGUCACUCUCUUACACCGUGUGUCUUGUCCGAUGCAAGAGGCAAUGUCAGUGUAGUCAUGAGCACCGACACCCCCAUGCGUCUAGAGUCCCUCCUUCGAACAACAACCAUCGAACUUGGUCUUGGCUGUGCAGUUUGCGCUAAUCCUCUGCCCGGCUCUGUGAUUAAAUCCCACGGCGUUCCCAACACUGUUUCCCAAGCGUGGUAUCUCGGUCGCGCGGUACACAACGCCCGACGAAAAAAGACCAGCUAUGUAGACGCAAUUUUUGACGUCUGCGCUGGAAAACUACUAUUUACCGGUAAAAUCGUCGAUGUGAGAAGAUACAUUGGCGGCGGCUACACAAUGGGCUCAGUGGUAAUUGCUCCGCUCAGCGCCGACGAACGCGAAACAAACGGAUUGGAAAGUACCACAAGCGGUGACAAGCACAUGGUCAUCCCCUUCCAGAACGAGUAUCUCUACGCCGCUCUCAGCGACGCCGACGGCUCGGAAGAAUCGCAAGAGGUUGUAUGCACAGUUCCCGACCUAAUAUCCAUCCUCGGCCAAGACGGCGAGGGAAUUGGUUCUCAGGAUUUGCGGUACGGUUUGAGGGUGAACGUCGUUGCUCUACCAGCGCAUCCGCUGUGGAAGACAGACAAGGGCAUGAAGGUUGGCGGACCAGAAGGGUUUGGGCUCAAGAUGGGUUACGUGGGUGUUGAUAAUGACUUUACUGAGGCGAGGAGCGUGAUUGAGGAGUUUGGGGCAUAG